AUGCUGUUGAAUUUUGGCUUCACAGCGGAUGCCGCAGUAGCUGCAAAUGAACUAAAUGAACCUAGUAACCAACCAGAAUCCCAGCCUUCUACGUGCACUGCCUACUCGCCCACCUUCUUGCUGUCUGCUUUACCAUUGUUGAAUUCCCUCUACAGUCCCAGGCUCUCUGAUGGUACUGAUCGUCCGGGGCUUGUGUCUGCAAUGGUGAUGAGUCCGAUUGAGUCGGCUUCGGACUCGGGUGCCUCCAAAGAAUCAGCUCCUGUUGUCGCUAGGCCCCGAGUCACCCGUUCAAGCACAGGUCGGAAGCCCCGACCAAAAACAUCAUAUCAGUUCGCCCAUCCUGCCGCUCAUGCUCGCCACAAGCGGUUUAGAUUCCGUCCGAAGCUCCUCCUGCAGCUACAACAAGUUUCGCAAACCCCUCGACCGCUGCCGGUGGUUGAUAUCUUACCAUCGACGUCUUAUCUACCUCUAUUGGCUCGCAAGUUUCCGGCCAUUUAUCGAACCAGAAAUGGACUGGGUCCAUACGACCUGAUUGUGGUGUUGAGCGAACAAUACGACCGGACGGUGGGCAGCAUUUCUGAAAAGCGCGUCAGCUCGGAGGAUGAGGACGAAGAUCACCGCGAGGUAGUCGCCACGAUAUGUCAAAAGUAUCAAGACGAUGCUCGACUGAAAGGAAAGGCGGAGAUAUGCAUGAACUUUGGACCCAUCUGGGAGGCUUCGCCUCUCCCAAGUGGGACUUACGAAUUUGUCGCUCAGACAGAUAGCGGCGUGCAAAUUGUGCGGUGGGCUUUGCGCAGUGGAAAGAGUCGUCGGAUGAGUACGCCCACUGGGACACAAACACGCGAGGACGGCAAACGCUUCACUUUCAGUGUCAUCGAUCCUACCACCCGCCGGCAUCCCGUCCUCGCGUCCAUGACUCGAAACCAGUUAGAAGUCAACGAUGAAUAUUCCACGACUGUUCGGUCCUCCGGCACUGAUCCCAUGACCCCAAGCUCAGGAAUGUCAGUCGUAAGUGAUGCCUCGGAUGCAGAGACUACCCUCGAUGGAAGCUUGGUCACUCUUGAUGAUGGAAUGCGAACCUUGAUUGUCAUCACCGGCAUCUGGGUCGCCUUCCGUGAGGGGUGGUCAGACAAUUUCCGCUACGGCGACCUGGUGUCUUCGUCCGGUACGAAGUCGAUCACGUCUCCAACCUCUGGGAAAAAUGCAUCUCCAACGACCGCCAAGAAUGAAACCGACUCCUUUCCGAAGAUGGACGAAGACAGCAAACGCUGCUUGUCGAUUUCCAAUAUCCGCCGUUCCACCACCCCAACCGUUGACGGAACUCAAUUCGGCAACUUAUCCAAACGCUCCAACUCCACCGGUGCUGCCUUCAUGGAUCGAGCGAAGCGGCGAUCCGCUUCUGGGCUUAGCACUCGUCUGAACCGACACAGCAUGUUCACUACCUUGGGCGAGAAUGGCCGCGAUAUCGUUGUCUCCCGUCCUCCUUCUCCUCGCCAACAUUCCGCUGAGAUGGAAGGUUCAUCUCGAAUUACUCAGGCUCAACCCAAGUCUCCUGCAAAAGCCCAGCCAGAAAGAGACAUCAAAACAAACCCGGGGCCGGAUCGAGACCUCUCGAAUAUCCGCAUCACACAGCCCAACACUGGCAAGAAGAAGAUAGAUUCCUCACUUCCCGAAGCUGUCGACUCGACCCCUAGGGGCAAAAUUCGCCACCGCCUCAGUACUUUCUUUGGCAUUUUUCACCGAAAACACGAUCCUCAUUGA